ACGGAAUGUGUAUACCAAUGACAUAAAAUGAUAGGUGAACGCUACCAUAGUGGCGUUGAUAGGGAGUUCACACAUACCAAACCAAAAGUAUACUUCCCACCGAUUCUAUCCCUGGUACAUGUUCCAAGAGGUACAUCUAGUGAACUGGAACACCAGCUAAGGCGUAAUUGGCACACAUAUAGCCCAAUCGUCAAAGAGAGUAUUAUAUUGCAAGAUGUAAUCAACAUACUAUGUGGCUCCGAAGGAGCUUUGUUCCAUAUAGAAACUGGGACAUAUAAAGUCGAAUGUAGCACAUUCGUCGAUCGCAAAAAUGAUGGAACUCUGUGUUUGAUGGCAGAGGAAAUACUGAUGUUGGCAAAAAUGCAACAUCAGGUACAAGAAUUUGUUAGAGAUAACGAACGCGGUCUAGUCACACUAAGCUUAUGCGAAGUGAUGAAUGUACUGCUACAGGAAUUGCAAAGUCGUAUCGCACAGUUCGAAGAAUCGCAAUGUAAAAUGGGAACUGGCCUGCAAAAAUUUAAACUAUACCUCAAACCAGCAUUACACACAUUCGAAUUGCUUACAAUGGUCAUAAAUAAUGCUAAUCUGAAAGGUGCGAAGCUGCUCAAUACACUUUACACAACAUGUCAAAUGUUCGGUGUGGGAGAUGCCAGACGAAGCCUCGCCAACCACCUUCUAAAACAGACAAUGGAAGCAUAUUGCUACUUAAUAGACCAAUGGCUCAAUUAUGGUCAACUAUAUGACCCAUACCAGGAGUUCUUCAUUGUGGAAACCGGACAACAAAAUGUGCCCGAAUCGGUAACAUAUCAAAUCGACUGGGAUCGAGUUCCCGUUAUGCUUGAAGAUAUCGCAGAGAAGAUACUGCAAACCGGGAUAUAUGUACGUAUAUUGUUAGGUUCAAAGAAUAGAGCUGUAUCUGAACCUAACCCGGUACAUUAUACUACAAUGGAAGAACUAAAGGAAACCAUUGGUGCUAUCCACCAAAUUGCAUCAGACAAUUUGAUGAAAUAUCUAGUUUUAGAGAAGAAUUUAAUGGAUGUUUUUGAGUCGUUGCAUGCAUUUUUCCUCAUGGCUCGUUCGGAUUAUCUAUGUAAUCUAUUAGCAGAAGGGCAGCACCGUAACUUGAAUGAAGCCUUUAGCCUCAACUUCCACGAAGCAUUGGAACAAUCCACUCUGAGGAAUGAUCCCAACAAACACUUGUUUUCAUUGGAUAUCGAUGACAAGGCUAUGCCAGGAUUGCGCAUAAAUAAAUGUGACAACCUUGCAAAAAUAGUCACCAUGAAAUUUAGAGUGGAGUGGCCACUACACAUGUUUGUUACCAAAAGCACAUUGGAGAACUAUCAAACAAUGUUCAAGUUCUUAUUACAACUCAAGCAAGCUGAACGGGACCUGUCUAACAUAUGGCUAAUGCACAUGAAAUGGAAACGCUUGGCAUUCACACCAAACGCACAGAUAAGGCUGAAUUUCGUCUUCGUUAACAUCCAACGCAUGCUGUUCCUAUGUAGAAAUGUUGCAUACCUAUCGACCAUAGAGGUUACCGAACGAAAUUUCAAUAUAUUGAUGCAAACAUAUGAAAAGCAUAUGCAAAAUAACAACGCAAAUCAAUCAGUAUGCUUUGUGAUAGAACAACAGAAGAAUUUCGUGGAACAAGUAGUGAAACAAAGUAUGGUAAAUGAUGGUAUAGUGGGACCACAUAUCCAUCGUGCAAUCUCCCUAUGUAUUCUGUUUGCAACACAAGUAAUCGCAUUCCUAGACCAACACCAAAUGGACAAUAAAGGACAAGAACAUGAUAACGUAGAACAAACUACCAGAUUCGCAAGUGAGUUGCUACAUAACCAAGGAUAUAUAGCAAUGGUAACCACAGCGGCGACACAAUUUGACAAGCAUCUGCGCGAACUAGUGGCAAUUCUAGAGGCAAAUGAAAGCGUUAAUAACAGUCUACUGCUUAGACUGAACUAUAGUGGCUUCUUCUAUUGAUGUCUCUUAUCACACGAACAG